AUGAAAGUCCAUUAUAUUAAUAUAUUAUUGUUUACACUUCCAUUAAAUAUAUUGGUAAAUGGUCAAGGGCACUAUAGUAGCACUAAACAUCCUAUAUCAAGCACAAAAUCCUCAAAAUACCAUAGAUCAUUAUGCGAAUGCGAAAUAUAUACGUCCAUUUAUGAUAACGAUCCGGAAAUGAAAAAAGUAAUGCAAGAUUUCGAUCAACAAACCUCACAACGAUUACGCGAAUAUGACGAACGUUUGAUAAAAAACAGACAAAAAUGUAAAGAUCAAUGUGAUAAAGAUAUUCAGAAAAUUAUUUUAAAAGAUAAAAUUGAAAAAGAAUUAACAAAACAAUUGGAGGCAUUAGAAGUUGAUAUAACUACGGAGGAUAUACCCGCUUGUGUUUGCAAAAAGUCCGUAGAAGACAAAGUGGGGAAAAAUUGUUUGAAAUGCGGAGGAAUAUUAGGUGGUGGUAUUCCAGGAUUGGGGGUUUUAGGAGCUUAUGCUGUAAAUAGUAUGGUACAAGUUGCUAUGGAUGCUGCUAAGAAAGCGGCUAUAGCUGAAGGUGCUGAAGCCGGUAUUGCUGAAGGUAUUAAGGUAGCCAUUCAAGGAGUACCAAAAAAAUUCUUAUUAUACACUUUAAAUGGUAAAGAAUUACAAGCAGUUAUUAAUGCAAAUAAUUUUCAGAAUCCUUCUUUUUUUUAUGGUGAAAUCAUGGCGGAAUAUGUUUCAUGGAAAAAAUCUGAUAUGGUUAACUCUUAUGGUCUUUUUUCUUUUAUUGAAGAAAGCUGUGAAAAUAAUCCCGAUAAGAUUAUGAAAUUCAUAUUAGCAAACUCAAAUGAUAUUGCAAAAGAUGCUGGUAAAGCAGCUACCAAAAUGACUACUCAAACUACUGAAGCUCUUACACUGAAGAAGACUGCUGAGGCAACAAGUACAUCAGCUAUUUUUUCUAAUCCUAUAGUUAUUAGCUUUAUUGUACUAGUAAUUAUAGUUCUUAUACUUUUAAUUAUUUAUUUAAUUUUACGAUAUCGAAGAAAAAGGAAAAUGAAGAAAAAACUCCAAUAUUUAAAAUUAUUAAAAGAAUAA